AUGGAUCAGACAGGUCAGGAUCAGUGGCUCAAUGCGAGCGUUCUAGGGAGGGGUAAUUCUAAUGCGCCGGCAGAUGCUCAGAUGGGCGCAGCGCGCGCAGCAAUGAUUGUGGGGUCGACAGUACCAACAACAACUACUUCAGCUGUGACUAAUUCUGGUCAAGCUGGGAGUCCUGAACUCUUGGCUCCAGAUGGACAUAGUUAUCUUGUUCAAGGGCCAGGAGCAAGCCAUAUUGGUGGCGGGGGGGUUGAAGAAGGUGUAAGCCAGCACCUUGUGCAACAACACCCGUUGCUUGGCGCUGGCGGUCACCCACCUAGCUUGCAACUAUCCCCGCAGGGAUAUUUUGCGAAUACUCUUCCUCCAAUUGGGGGCAAGAUAGCAGAACAGCAGCAUUUUCAAGCCCAACAUCAACAUUUUCAACAUAUGCAUGACCUUCAUCGCAAAAGGAAACAGCAUCAACUAAUGCUGCAACAGCAGAUCCAACGUGCAAAAAAGCAGAAGAUAAUUGAGCCGGUAUCGCAAGCGCGGGAAACGCACGAAGUCACUUCACGGCGAGCCACUCAAGAAAAUAUCAUUCGACUUGUUGCUCUUCGUAAUAGGGAUAAACCACUUGUUGAAUACGCUUCCACUGUUAGAGCUGCAGAAGUGGAAGUAUUGAAUAUGGAUCCUUCCACGCAUUCUAAGUCAGAUAUCCAAGCUGCGGAACAGCACCGCGAGCGUGAGCGUCAAGUAUAUGCUCUAAUAUGGCUCAUUAACAGCUGCGUUCCUGAUGCAGAGUCUUAUGUUCCAAGGGGCAGAAUAUUUGCUCAAUAUGCAGCCUCUUGUGCUUCUCAUAAUCUCAAGCCUUUAUCCCAGGCCACAUUGGGCAAAUUGAUUCGAUCACUCUUCCCUCAUUUGAAGACUAGGCGGUUAGGCAUGAGGGGCCAAUCAAAAUACCAUUACUGCGGCUUGACAUUAGUUUCAUCUUUGCUUCCAGAAGAUGUUACGGCUACGGGGACUCCAAUUUCUGCUAGUAUAAGCACCCCGGUCGCAGCUAUAAGCAGGAAUAACUCAUUUAAUAGUACGACUACUUUAGAUACCGAUGUUAUGCCGGAAACGCGUGGUAGCGUUGGCGGCAGUGAUAGCAACAGUGUUACUAUGCCUACACCAUCACCAGCAGAACUCAGCCAGACAGCGGUCUCGGAGGGAAAUAGCGAAUGCGGGAAUAAGAACAAUAUUUUGGGUUUAGUUGGUGUUUGUGAUACGUUGAAGUUUAUUGAUAAUUUUUUUUCACGUACAUGUGAGAUGAAGGUGGAAUUGCCAUUGGCGCUUCCCUCAAUCACUCCAUUUUUACCUUCUAACGUAGAUCCAGAUAUUGCUUCGUCUGUGGAAUCUCUGUACAAGGUUUUUUGCAACCAACUAUUCGAGAAUAUAAGAUUCAUGAAAUUUGAUGACCUGCAUUCUACUUUCAAAUCGUUCUCUUCGGGCUCAAUUUCUCCUCAAAUGUACAAUUUAUUCAUCUCUGAAGAAUUGUAUGAGUGGAUAGAACGCUCAGACAUCAUCACAUAUAGAGCUUUGGCAAAAAUGCUUUCCAGCUUGAUCGUAGAGUUUGACGAAAUUCCCGACAUUGUGUUAGAUAAAUUAUCUCAUUUCUCAAGGACUUACUUGGACUUGGUAUCUAAAUCCACAAUUGACCUGCCACUGCCGGUUGUUACCAACAAGAAAAGAAUUGUGACGCAAUUUACACAGCUGGUGAAACGAUUGAUAAAGUUGAUUGACACAGGUAAAAAUGCAGCUAAACUUUUAGCUUUGGACCAAACCCGGCAAAGUAUGCGUCAAGAUUGGGAGAGAUAUGUUAAUAUAGAAGAACAUCUUGCGUCCGAGUUGUCACACUUUCAAGAGCAUUAUUCUACGAUAAGAAGUCAAACUAUGCAUUUCAUACAAAAUGACUUACUAGGCUUGCUGGAACAAGAAAGAUUACAGGUUGAAGGCAAUGUUUCAAACGGAACUUUCCUAAUCAACUUUGCGAAGAAACUGAGUACUCUUUUACAAUGCUGGAACCAUUUUCCUGGAAGACUUGUCGCAUUAAGCUUUGUAGGUCUCACAACUUCUACUUUAAGAGAACUAUCUUUUCACAAUGCAGAAAGUUUCGGUGCCUGGUGGAUUUUCAAGUCUUUCAUUGAUGAAUGGGUCUACUGGUAUGGCGAAGUCGGUUGUUUCUUGGAGUAA